AUGCCACCGCCACCAAAGAGCACCGAAGACGUCCAGGUCGCUGCCUCCAACCAGACUCUAAAUGCCUUCCUAGGCGGGCGCAGGCCGUCGUGGUACCAGAACACCAAGAGCACGACUGGUCUGAAGCCAAGGAAAUCCACAGUCCGCCCAGUUUCUCAAUCGAAAGCAGCCGAGAAGCGUGUGCGCAAAACCCCUGUUACGGAGAACGGGGACGGGGUCAAGGACGUGGCCCCAGACGACCAGAGAGCUUCGCAAAAACACGAUCAGCAACUGGUCACGGCAGCACCAAGAGACGGCUCACUCCUCCCUUCGCCGGCUCUGACAAACGAACUUAGCCCGGCCCUUUCAACUCGCCAUGCGAGUCCAAGCGAACAGACGGGCACCGAAUCAUUCCGGACUGAGGAUCGUAAUACAGAAGCCGAACUGCGCGCACUCCGACAAUCGCCUGCCGCGAGCCAGCCAUCACCCGCCACGACAGAAACUCCUCAACCCGUUGAUGUUGGCAUGGUUCACAUUGAGCAUGGCCCAAAGCCCCGGCCGACCCAAGCGACUUCGGAGCCAGUUUCCUCUCAGGCCGGCUCGCCCACGGCACAGAGCGUUGCUCCUCCUCCCGUCUCGACAGCGUCGCCCAAACCCCAAACACCGACAACACCAGUCUCCGGCCCGACUGAAUCCGUUGCUCCAAGAACGACAAAUAUUAGGCCGUCCUUAACCAGGAAAAGAACCAGACCCUCUUCCACUUCUGCCGACAAUCGAGCGCCCCAGCGGCCUCGCACAGGCAUGCCGCAUGAACAUUCAGCAAUAACAGACCUCGCUGGGCAGUGGCAGCACUAUUGCCAACAACUUGAUAACAGAAUCGCCGCUUGUGGUGGGUGGGCUAACUUGGGAAGUGGGAUCGAGUCGCCUAGGUUCAAGUAUCUUAGAGAUGCUCUCUUAGCCGGCGAUGGCUUUUACGUGCUCCUCCACCAGUUGUUGUGUCUUUGGUCCCUGGAUGCUGAUAGGGCGUACGGAACAUUCCCGACUCUGGAACGGGCUACGAUUGACCACGGAUUCGGCUUUCUCACUAACAUUCUUCGCCCCAAUUCACUCCUAGCCUACAAUUCCUUGGUAUGGUUCGCGGAAUUCCCAAAACCCGUGUCUGGGGAUGGCAUGCUUGCAAUUCCUUCGUUGGCACCUCGUAUUGGUACUUUCCUGACUGCAUUUGUCCUACGCUGGGACCGAAUGCUUGCUCAGGCAAAGACACGGAAAUAUCCAUUGACAGCCUUCGAGCUGGGACCAACUCUGAAUUGCGAUUCGAGAAUCUUGCAGGGAACUUUUUUCACAGUCAGUCGGAGGGUUGUUGGUAUUGGGGACUCCGUUGCCGGGCAGCUGAAUGCUGUCUUUUGUAAAGACCAGGAGGAUGAAGCUCACCUGAGGGAAAUCGGGGCUCCAGCAGAUCUCAUUCAAAAGUAUCGACAGGAGCGGAUUCGCCAUUACUCAGACCUUGCUCGGGAGGCUAAGCAAGCAGAAACGAGUCGUUCACCAAGCGCGUCUUCCUCGGUACAACCUCAACGAGCGCAGACGUUUCCAACUGCAUCGGCGCCACCAACCCCAACUUCCGGUUCCCCAGCUCAAUCAGGGCAGAUGCUUCCCAGUCAACUCAUUGCACCGAACGUUGCCAUGCCUAUCCCUGCUCUUCCUAGAUCUAAUAGCAUACCAACAGGCGUGCCCCUUCAUAUCCUCCAAGCCCAACAGCAGGCAGUUGGUCAGCAUCCAAAUGCCAUCACUCAGAUGAAUCAUCUCCAGCCAAACUCUCACCCAUCAUCGCCCCAAACCAACCCGUCGCCGAUUUCAGUGAGCAUGGCGCCACUUCCAUCUCCAACACACCCCCAAGCGACGCAGGUGAUGUCUUAUCCUUCACCUCAUUAUCAUCAGCAACAUUUUCAACCGGCCAUGCAACAUGCCCCGCAGUUUGCACCGUCGCGCCAGUAUCCGCAGCAAUAUCACCCUCAGCAAGCUCAACAGAUUUUGCCAAGUCAGCGAAUUCCUCACCAACCCCCAGUCCAUCCACAGCAUGUUCUGCCAAACCAACAGAUUCCUUAUGCCCUUCAAAUCCCGCAGUCACAGCAUGGGCGCCCUGUUCAGCAAGCCCAUGAGCCACGGCAUCCGGCUCCAUCAAUUGCACAACUUGGACAGAGCCAACGGGGUAUGCUCCACAUGCCCAAUAAUAUACCUCCACAUGCUGCGAACUCCCGGACAGUCUCAGCCAAUGGUGUUGCUGAUGCUGGGGGCGUCCAAUAUCAAAACCUACAGAUCGCAGCACAACGAGUUCGGCGAAUUCCUGAGCAUGAAUACCCCAGUAGCCCGUAUGAUUGGCUUUCUCACGCGUCAGCAGCGCACUUGUCAACCCUUCGGAGCCCAGAACGCAGAGCUGCGCGUCAGCUCCCGUCUCUUGUACGGCACUACCAACAAGUCUCUGACUUUGCGUUUGGGCCGAUGAGAUUUCCGCCUCAGACGGGUCCCAGAAGUCUGGGUUUUACUGUAUCACAUGAUAGCUUGGCUAGAAUACCGCUGGCUUUCGAGAGUGAGGUCGGCCUACCGGUUCGCUAUUACGGAGAUGGGUCACUUCGAUAUCGUUUACGGCUUUGUAUGCGCCCCGAGUCCGAUGAUACAGUAUCGCCAUCGGACUGGGUGGUUUCCCCUACUCACUGGCCCCAGGCGAUUUUCCCCGCCUUAAACGGCCAAUCCCUGAUGGUUCGCCGGAAGCAGCACUUUCACCAUGAUCUCCCAGUUGACCUGUCGGACUUGGUGGUUAAAGGGGAUAAUGUUGUCAGGAUUAGUUUCCCCGAUAAACCGGUCAACUACAAAAAGGGGAUGACGUAUUUCGUUGCCAUUGAAAUCGUGAGUACCAUGUCGCACGACGUUGUGACGUCCAUGGUAUUAGAAGCACCCCCGAUCUCAGCCGAGGAAACCGGAGCUGAGAUUAAACGACGACUGAAACCGUCCCAGUCUGACGAUGUCGUGGUCGAGGACAAUACAUUCUGCAUCAAUGUUGCAGACCCGUUCAGUUCCUCCUUGUUUGAAGUCCCAGUCCGUGGAGUUGAAUGUAAACAUCUGGAUUGUUUCGACCUGGAAACAUGGCUACAAACUCGCCAAGGAAAACCGGGCGGAGGACUCGAGGAGCCUUCAAUGGCCGAUAACUGGAAAUGCCCUAUCUGUUUCCUUGAUGCUCGCCCAAGCAGCCUUCGCGUGGAUGAAUUCUUUGCUGGAGUACGCAAGGGCCUGCUUGCGCAGGGCUUGGGCAAGACGAAAAAGAUCCUAGUUACGGCCGAUGGUAGUUGGACUGCAGUUCCCGAACUGGACGAUUCAGAGGACGAGUCCCCCAUCCAGCCGAACCGUUCUGUCGGCGAGAGGAUUAAUCAGAAGAAAGCCACAGCACCGGCGAACAUCAUUGAGAUAGAUGAUGACUGA